UGAGUGAUGCAGUGAUGCAGUGAUGCAGACGACGCGGGUCUGGAUCGCUAGUUGGGCUGGGGUAGCGUUUGGUUGGUGUCGUGGUCAGGGUGCUCGCGUGAUGAAGCAAGCAUGUACCCGAAACGGAGGGCCUAGGUACGUUGUAUGAGACGUGGAGUCCCAACUUGGAUAAAAUGGAAGAUAUAUGGCGAAUGAUGAGAAGGGGAAGGCGCGAGAAUGAGAAAAGGCGGGGAAGAUGGAGAAUGGGGGCCAGCGGUGAGGAGAUGGGACGGAAGGACAAGCGACGACGAGCGGAGUUGAUAGAUGAGGAGAUGGAUCGCUUGAAAAAAAAAAAAUUGUACGACGUAUUCGUACGGUGUGACUUGACGGAAACAAUUAGAAACAAAACAACCGACUUGUCCAGGAGGACUCGUAUUCUCAGUAUGUGUUUCGCAGUUCAGGCUCAGGUCGUUGUCGCCGUUGCCUUCGUCGUUUAUCGUCAACCCCUGGUUUGGCCGUUCGUAGACACGCGUUGAGUUGUCAGAAUCGUAAGGCGGUCGUGGAAAAGGAUAGGCCCAGCUAGGGCACGCGCCAGGAUGGAGAUUCGGUAAAUAUGAGCUAUCGGUUUG